ACUUUGAGUCAUACAUAUAUGCUUCUUAUAUGACAUGCGUAAUUUACUGAUACUCGAUACUAACUCGGACGAUAAUAGCAAACACGACAAUCCAAAUUAGAUAAGAAUUUCAGACCAUCAGAACACAAAUUUCCAACAUCCACAAGAAAUAAAUACAAUAUUUUUAAUUCUAAAUAAAAUAAAAACUGAUUUCCAGAAUGGUAAAGACUUGUUGCUUCGGUCAAUGUACUGCCAAAACGGGAACUGGAAUCAUAGCCCUGCUGAACAUUGUCGCAAGCAUUCUAGAAAUUGUCAUAUUUUCGGUUCUAGCAAAUCAUAUGAUUACCAACCCUGAAAAUAUUUCUGACGAACAAUACCUAGGGUUUCAGAAAUAUGGGGACUUGUACAUUGCGUCUCAAUUUGUUGGGAUAUUGCUUGCUUUGAUUUAUGGAAUCCUGUCUGGAAUACUUUUUGAAGGGUACAGAACGGAAGACGCAAGCCUGUGCACCCCAUGGCUGUACUGGAAUUUUGUCUUCUUAACUCUGGCAUCAAUUGUCACAAUUUGUGGCCUUGUCGCCGAAUUUGUUAUACUUGGCUACAUGAAAAUACUAAUCCUAAAUUUAUCUGUGGCAUUUAUUAUCCCAGUAAGUUUAGGAAUUCAGACAUAUUGUACUCUCGUUGUACAACGAUUCGUGAAUGAGAUAAGGGGCGGAAGAUAUUCUGUCUUGAGAUCACAACCAGAACCAGAACGAGAUAUUAUUGAGACGGACAAUGAUGUUGAUGAUGUGCAGACAUCAACUGAACAAGAAGUAUAAUAAUUACUUUAUUAAUAAAAACAUUUAUAUCGUUAUAAGUUCAAAUCGUGGAAGUCCGUAAAUGUCUAUUGUAGAAUUUGAACAUAUAAUUUGUAUCUGCAUUAUAGUAACUGUAAAUUAAAUACAAACAUGUAAAUUAUUGUAAAUAUGUACAUGUGUGUAGAUUGAACAAAUAGAAGAGAAAGUAUCUCGUGAAAUAUCAGUCACUCUCACCCUUAAAAAUGGGAAGAGAUUAAAAAUGGAAAGAUUUUGACAACAAAUUGUAAUAAUGUAAAUGCAAUGUAUGUAAUUAAUUGUACGAAUUAUAAUCUUAGGGAAAUAUGGGAUAAUGCUAGCAUUAACUAGAUACCACCGACAUAACGAAAGAGAAAGAAGGUCCAGAACUGGUGUAUACGUACGUAUAUAGUAAUUAAUUUUUACAUAACGUUAAGAAGCGGAGUUUUUAUUGAGCAAAAAACUAAAUCAAACACUAGUUUCUUUAACUUAUCUGAAAUACAUAAUGAGGAAGUAUAAA